AUGGGAUAUUUUGCAACUGGAACUGUGAGGGAUAAUAGAAUAGAGCAUUGCCCAGUUGAAUCUAUAAAGGUUGUAGCAAAAAAAGAAAGAGGAUAUUAUGAUUAUAGGUUUGAAAAAUUAAGCGAAACAUUUGUAGUUCGUUGGAAUGAUAAUUCGGUGGUGACCGUUGCAUCGACAUGCCACACUAUCUCUUUGCUUUCUAAUGUUUCAAGGUAUUCUAAGAAAAUAUCUUCUAAAAUAAAAAUUCCUCAGCCAAAUAUGGUAACUGCUUAUAACAAACACAUGGGUGGAGUUGAUCUAUGUGAUAAUCUAAUAUCUACAUAUAGAAUAAAAAUAAGAGGAAAAAAAUGGUGGUGGCCAAUAUUCACCAAUUUUAUUGAUGUAGCUUUGGUAAAUUCAUGGAAAAUCUGGAAAUUCGUGAAUCGGGAUGACAAGAAGAGUUUGCUUGCAUUUAGACGAGAAGUUACUAACUACCUCCUUCGAACGCCAGUAAAAAUUGAAAAAAAUUCAAGUACAGGUCACGCCAGCCAGUUUGCAUUACAGUGUGAAAACCUUAUUGAUUCAUCUGGACAUUAUUUAUCCAAAAUUAUAGAUGGAAAAAGACGAAGAUGCAGAUAUUGCCAUACGCACUCAAGAUAUAUGUGCCAAACAUGUCAAAUCGCACUCCAUAUUAAAUGUUUCAAGGAUUUUCAUAAUAUAUAA